AUGGUAGACCAAACAGCAAAAGUUAGCCUUGAUGGCUCUUCAAUCAAACCAGUAUCGUCAUUACGCUCACACUUCGAGCAAAUGGCUAAAUCAGAUCCAAAACUCGGUCCCUCUACGCCCAAUCAAAAUACAGAAAACACAUCUAAAUAUAAGGAGCUUCCCACACCUAGAUCAUGUAGACAAAGAAAUUAUAAUUUUCUUAAUGGAUCUUAUCCGGAGACAACAGAAAGUCAAUGGGGGCAGGGAAUGAAUGAUUACUCGGACGCCCUGACGGAAUCCGAGAGUAAUCCAAAUCCAUCCUCACGAAUGCUACAACAAAGUUCUACGAUGAAUUCUCCCAUCGUCAGUAUCAAUCUCAUGCCAUCAAGAGCAUCUGCAAAUAACAAUAUUUCAAAUAUUUCAAUGCCGGCUAAUCCAGCACACCCAUCAAUAGCCUAUCAAUCCCUAACUCCUUCACCCCUCUCUUCUCGAAAGCUUCCAAAGUCUGCUAGGUCUAACACAUCUACACUUGAGCCUAAUGGGAUUGUUCCAAAGUCAACACUCAACCCUCCAUCACCACCUCCGCCGAGAAAGUCCAAUGAAUGCAGACGUCCUCCCCCAAUAAAUCGAGCGGACAAACCGAGGAUAACUGGCAGGCCCCCCCCUCUAACUUUCCGAAAUGAUCAUUUAUCAUUUAAAUCACCUCAAAUACGUCAAACAAACCAAUCCAUGUCACCCUUCAACACACCUCCGAGCGACUGUAAUCCCGAAGAUGAAUUUCAAUCAAAACCAACCCGUGACCGGAAACCUGGCUGCAACAACUUAAAGGAAACACCCGUAGAUUAUGCUAACCAUAGUGCCAAACAAUUAAUUAUUAGUAAUAAGGUGGAAGAUAAUACUAUGGAAACUGUAUCAAAAGACCGCAGCAAAAAUUAUACCUUGGCCAUCGAGAAGCCUGUUCUACCCACUAGGUCUACACUCCAGUCAGACGCAUCAAGAAUUCAUUCAAUACAAACAGCUAGCCUGAAACCGAGGACACCUAUUAGUACAAAUAUUGGCUCAAGAUUACAUGAGCGCCCCCUAACCACUAACCGUACUUGCGAGACGGAAGUAAAUCUGUCAUUCAAUUCUGAAAAAUCACAGCCAUAUCGUCAACUGACAAGUAAUAACCCUGAUGUUAGUAAGCCUCUGAAUCCAAUAGUAAGUCAGUUUCCGGACUCAUCGUUUUCAAAUCGUCGGCCUCCCUACCUGAGAAGAGGAGUUCGAGAUAUACCUACCAAAUAUGAGACCAGAAUAAUGGAUGUUUGUGGUGAAUAUGUUUGCACUUCUGGUCAUAUUACUAGAGUCUGGAGCUUGCAAAACGGUGAGAUAAUUGCAAGCUUUGCGCAUACUGAAGGAAUCAAAAUCACAUCCGUCGCUUUUAAGCCCGCCGUCCACUUAGAAGAUGAAGGUUCUCAAUUAUGGCUUGGCAAUAACGUUGGGGAUAUUUUAGAGGUCGAUAUAUCGUCCCAAAGUCUAAUUAGAACUAGAAGUAGUGCUCAUACCCGCCACGAAGUUAUCAGAAUUUAUCGACACUACCAUGAUAUGUGGACUCUUGACGAUAACGGGACAUUGCACCUAUGGGCUGCAGACUCCAACAACUCUCUUAGCUUGAAUAAUGCUUCACAAGUUUUCCGGCUUCCCAAAGGACAUACAUUUUCUAUGAUCGUGGGUAAUAAAUUGUGGUAUGCUACGGGAAAAGAAAUUAGAGUAUUUACGCCAACGGUAGAUGGAUCUACACAGCUUCAGACACUUCAGCGCCCGCUUUGCCAGCCUAAUACCGGUGUUAUAACUUCAGGCACGACCACUAGCUCUCAAGCCAACAAAAUCUUUUUCGGUCACGCGGAUGGUAAAGUUAGUUUAUAUUCAAUACAAGACUACACUUGUUUAGGUGUUGUCAAUAUUAGUUUAUAUAAAAUUACAGCUCUAGCUAGCGUUGGAGGUAACCUAUGGGCUGGCUUCAAUACUGGUAUGAUAUACAUAUACGAUGUUGAACAGUCACCUUGGACUGUUAAGAAAGACUGGCCAGCGCAUCACGGCCCAAUCAUUAAGCUGGUGUCAGAUUCAAGUAGCUUCUGGUCGCUUGAUCGUGCACAAAUUAUUACUCUCGGGCAAGAUAAUACGCUCCGAAUCUGGGAUGGUCUUUUAGAAGAUGACUGGAUGGAAUCCCAGUUGCGCCACAAGGAAGCUGAAUUCUGUCAGCUGAAAAAGAUUAACGCACUAAUAAUGACAUGGAAUGCAGGCGCAUCAACGCCCUAUGACCUUCAGCAACAUAACCAAGACGCCAGUUUUUUUCGAGAUCUUAUACACAGUAGUGGUUGUCCCGAUAUCAUUGUAUUUGGGUUUCAAGAGCUAGUUGAUCUUGAGAAUAAAAAGACCGUAACCAAGAGCUUUUUUAAAUCGAAGAAAAAAGAUCCACAAGUUCAAGAGCAUAUGAGCCAUCAGUAUCGCGAUUGGAGAGACUAUUUAACUCGCUGCUUAGAUGAUAACAUGCCAAGCGACGAGCUUUAUCACCUCUUACACACUUCUAGCCUUGUUGGUCUUUUUACUUGUAUUUUUGUCCGAGCUCCGUUACUCCAGAGGAUCCGAGGCUUAAGUGCAGCUGAAGUUAAAAGAGGUUUGGGUGGUCUACAUGGAAAUAAAGGAGCAUUAGUAAUCAGAUUUAUCGUGGAUGAUACAUCAAUGUGUUUUAUUAAUUGUCACCUUGCAGCUGGCCAAAUGGGUACUAAAGAUCGUAAUGCCGAUAUUACUGCCAUACUCGAGACGCCUAUUCUACCCAUGGAAACAAAUCGUAACGCACGUCAGGAUUGCUAUGUAGGUGGAGGCGACGGUACAAUGAUAUUAGAUCAUGAAAUUUGCAUCUUAAAUGGAGAUCUUAAUUAUCGCAUCGAUACCAUGAGCAGAGAUACCGUCAUAAGUGCCGUAAAGUCCAAGAAUAUCAGUAAAUUAUUGGAAAGAGAUCAGCUUUUAGCUUCAAAGAGAAAAAAUCCGUGGUUUAAACUUCGUGCAUUCCAAGAGCUUCCCAUAAAUUUUGCACCCACGUAUAAGUAUGACGUUGGGACAGAUAAUUAUGAUUCAAGCGAAAAAAAACGUUCCCCAGCGUGGUGCGAUCGAAUACUUCAUCGUGGUGGCCACCGCUUAGAACAAAUUGAUUAUCGGCGUCAUGAGAUCCGGUUAUCAGACCACAGACCAGUGACUGGAUCCUUUCACAUCACUGUGAAAAGUAUAUGUCGAGAAGAACAUGCUAUAAUAUGGAAUGAUAUUCAGAAAAAAAACCUAAUGAGGCGGAAAGUACUUGCUAGCCAAGCAAUGCAAGAAUACCUCACAGGAAUAAUAGGUUAUGAUUCGAGCACAAGCUGCAAAAUCAUCAAAGAUCAUCUUGGCCGUUGA